CCUAUGUUGGUGCUUCAUGGCCGCCGGAAGUUUCUUUGCCGCCGCCAAUUGGGGGUAUUCCUGAGCUCCUUUGCCCUGGACCCCUUUUUCGGCAGGAGUUUGCCCUCAGCUACUUCCAAUGGCUGGAGCUUCGGCACCCUUGAAAGUGUGCAUCGUGGGGUCGGGAAACUGGGGGUCUGCUGUGGCUAAAAUAAUAGGCAACAAUGUAAAAACAAUGCAGAAGUUUUCUUCUACAGUGAAAAUGUGGGUUUUUGAAGAAACUAUUAAUGGGAGGAAACUUACAGAUAUCAUAAAUAACGAUCAUGAGAAUGUGAAAUAUCUUCCUGGAUAUAAACUACCAGAAAAUGUGGUUGCAGUCCCUAAUCUGACUGAAGCUGUAAAAGAUGCAGACUUGUUGGUUUUUGUCAUUCCCCACCAGUUCAUUUAUAAAAUCUGUGAUGCAAUUACUGGGCAUUUAACAAAGCAAGCUGUUGGUAUAACUCUAAUUAAGGGUAUAGAUGAAGGCCCUGAGGGACUCAGACUCAUCUCUGAUGUAAUCCGGGAAAAAAUUGAAAUAGAUAUCAGUGUGUUGAUGGGAGCAAAUAUUGCCAAUGAAGUAGCUGCAGAGAAAUUCUGUGAAACCACCAUAGGGUGUAAAAUAUUGGAAAAUGGCCUCCUUUUCAAAGAACUUCUACAGACUCCAAACUUCCGAAUAACUGUUGUGGAUGAUGCUGAUACAGUUGAGAUUUGUGGUGCUCUUAAGAACAUAGUGGCAGUGGGAGCUGGCUUCUGUGACGGUCUUCGCUGUGGAGAUAAUACCAAAGCAGCUGUCAUUAGACUUGGAUUAAUGGAAAUGAUAGCUUUUGCCAAAAUCUUCUGCAAGGGGCAGGUCUCAAUUGCGACUUUCCUGGAGAGCUGUGGAGUUGCAGAUUUAAUCACAACUUGUUAUGGUGGCCGAAAUCGGAGAGUGGCUGAAGCAUUUGUUAAAACAGGAAAGAGUAUUGAAAAACUGGAGCAAGAGAUGCUGAAUGGGCAGAAGCUUCAAGGACCACAGACUUCUGCAGAAGUGUAUCACAUUCUUCAGCAGAAAGGUUUGGUGGAAAAGUUUCCACUAUUUACUGCUGUUUAUAAAAUCUGCUAUGAAGGAAAGCCUGUCCAAGAAAUGAUCUCCUGCCUCCAGAGCCAUCCACAGCAUAUAUAAACACUUUACCAUUGUCACAGUUCCUGCCUUUUCAUAUUCAUUCAUUAGUUCAGAUUACUGUCAUUGGCUUGCCUACUCCAUGAAGAAGUCUAUGGGUUUUUCUACAUUGUGUAUUAUACAGCUCCUAGAAUACUAGCUGUUAUUUUUAGUGGCUAAGAUUUAGUUGGCUUUCAAAUAUACUGUGUAGAACUUGCAUUCAAACUUCCUAAUCCCCUUGCCCUAUUUGAAAUGCCUGAUGUUCUUUUAAACAUAAUUCUAAUGCUUCCUUUUCAAGCAGGGAUUUGUCUAAACUUUCCAGUGAUUAAAGGGGAAGAUGCAAUUAGAGCAGAAGUAAAGUACUACAGUACUCCAAAAAUUUAUUGGAUUAAAGAUCCCAUCAAUGCCAGAUGCAUUAAUAGCAAUAAGGAGAGCUUUAAUUGUUAAUUUCUGGAUACCUAUUCAUUGAGCAUAUCGUAUCAAUAUCACCUAGAAGUUGUUUGCUAAAGUAUAGUAAGCUUUGACAACAUGCAUUUGGAUUUUUUCAGUCAGAUUUGCACAUUUUGUAUGGCAUAGAUUGUCAUUUAAUGAGAAUUACUUUGGUAUCAUUUGAUUAGUGGGAAUUGGCAUUAAGAUUUUUAAAACU